GCGCGAUGGAUUCGAAUGAUUCUGUUAGCUUCCAGAAUAGCGAGGAAGAUCUCGUGGAACAAAGUGAGUGUUCAGUGAAGAAGACAGCAAUCCUUGUGGAGUACCCUGGACAAGUGAAGAAUAUUAACAAAUGCCUGGAAACACUCGGAGGACUCGGCAAAAUUUCUGAGACUUUUGAGAAUGAAAAACGACGCCUGGAGGUGAAAUUUACUCCGAAGAAUCACUUCAGUAAAUCCGUCUUUGGCGAUGAGCACCCAACGACGGGACUUUUGCUGAAAGUCAAAAUCCCCCGGAAGCGUUUGACGAAAACUUUGGAUGUUCCUUCGGAGAAAGUGGAGAUUGUGGCCAGAGUUGACAAAUGCUACCAAUUCACGGGGCUCUGUGACUUCCAACUCCUGCCCAUUGUGAAGCGAGAUGAUGGAAGAGUGGACAUGGUUUAUGAGGAAAUGAUUCCCACGUACAAGGAUACUUAUUCAUGGCUUACUGAGAAACCCAAUGUACCCUAUUUCCUGCCACCAUUGCUGUUCUCUCGCCUUGAUUCGGUGCAGCAUAAAAUCUUCAAACCCACCAUGACCACAGAGAAGGGAAUGAUUGCUCCGAGGAUCUUUCAACGAAAGAAGCGAAGCAAAUACAAUGUCAUUGCGUCAUUUAAUCUGCAUGAUACCCUACCUGAGAGGAUGAAUCCUGCCGCCGGGGAGAUGCUUAAAGUGAAAUUUAUUUCCCCGGAAGAAUUCAAUGCUGUCAAGAGAACGCUGGAAGAUCGACCAAUUUGCUCCCGGAUGGCGCUGUGCUUCCUGUCAAAAGUACAGCUUGCACGCGUGAAGAUCAUCCUCCCCACGCUUGCCUUCUUCUUCAACUCAGGCCCAUGGAGGGGACUUUGGUGUCGCUUUGGCUUUGAUCCUCGCAAACACUUCGAAGCCCGCCACUUCCAGGUUCUCGACUACCGGCUGCGCAAUCAAGUGGGUGCCCGGCACUACGUUAAUCGCAAAAGUACCUACGCCGUUGGAUCCGUGAACAAAGUCAGCGUGUCCCAGAGGAAGCCCAACAAUGUCGUUCAGCGAAUACGGCAGGAGGAGGAGAAGGACACGGAGGAUCGUGUGAUCUACUCGCCGUACUUCGAAGUGGGCAAAAUGCCCGAAGCCCGGCAGAUUAACUACCAAUACUGCGACAUUCGCGUACCCAAAAUCCAGGAGAUGCUCGAGAAACUCCCUGGGCCUCUGUACGGAACGACGUGCAGCGAGAAAUCCGGUUGGCUCCCGCCGGGAUUUGAAGUUCAAUGCCGCGAAAUUAUGAAUGAACUCCUCCGGGAGCACUUCCAGACGGAAAUCCUCAAACGGGAAGAGCUUGAGGAAUCCGCUGAGGAGGAAAUGUCCAGCGAUGAGGAGUCAAUGAUGAUGGAGGAUGCCUUCGAGGAUAUGGACAUCGAUGAGAGUACAAGGGAGAGCAAGUAAUCUCCGGAAAGGAUUUUGUAAAAGAUUUUUUUUGAAUAAAAAAUAUUAUUUAAUCAU